GAACCAUCCCAAUCGCCCCCCUCUCUCUCUCAAGACAAAUGGGGCCUGUCUCUCCUAGCUUCGUGUAUUCAUUUGCUCUUGCUCUUGUCCUUGCUUCAUGCCUCGACAGAGCGGCGGUUGACGCCAAAGUCGCGCCGCGAGAAGUGAGCGGUUGCAACGUCUUCCAAGGAAGUUGGGUUUACAACAGUAGUCAUCGCCCUCCCUACGACAGCACGACGUGCCCAUUCAUCGAGGCGGAGUUCGACUGCCGGAAGAACGGACGUCAAGAUCAGCUCUACCUAGGAUACAAAUGGAAGCCAAGUGCCUGCGAACUGCCGAGCUUCAGUGGAGAAGAUUUCGUGAGAAGAAUGAGAGGGAAGAAGAUACUGUUCGUGGGGGACUCUUUAAGCCUCAACCAGUGGCAAUCCCUCACUUGCAUGUUGCAUGCUUCGCUUCCCCGCUCCAACUACACUCUCGCUCGAACAGGAGAUGUCUCCACCUUUGACGUACAUGACUAUGGCGUUUCCGUGGUGUUAUCUCGGAAUGCGUUUCUGGUCGACGUGGUGAAGGAGAAGAUAGGGAGAGUUCUGAAGCUUGAUUCCAUCGUCAAUGGCGAUGCGUGGAAAGGGUACGACAUGCUUGUCUUCAACACUUGGCACUGGUGGCUGCAUACAGGCAGAAAACAGGCAUGGGAUUAUAUUCAGCAAGGAGAGACCAUACGCAAAGACAUGGACCGUUUGGUUGCUUUCAAGGAGGGGCUCACCACAUGGUCCAAGUGGGUGGAUUCUAACAUCGAUCCUACCACCACCACUGUGAUCUUCCAAGGCAUCUCUCCCACUCAUUACAGCGGCAAGGAGUGGAAUGAGUCAGGCACGACCACCUGCGACGGGCAAACCGAGCCCGUUUCAGGGUCCGAGUACCCGGCAGGCCCACCACCACCGGCGGCGGUCGUGAGCGAGGUGCUCGGCAAGAUGGCGACAGAGGUGACUCUUCUCGACAUAACUAAGCUAUCGCAGCUUAGGAAAGACGGACACCCGUCAGCUUUCGGGUUCGAAGGCUGGAGAGGGAACGAUUGCAGCCACUGGUGUCUUGCCGGCGUGCCCGAUACUUGGAACCAAUUGCUCUACACCAUCCUCGUCAAUAGAGUUUGGCUCCAUGACAGUCGAUCAAAUCUCGUCGGGAGCUACCAAAUGGUACCCAACGGCCGGAAGCCGAACGUUUCCCAUGUUUCUACUUUGCGCCUUCACAACUUUUCAUGUCGUCCUCUUCUAAAUACUUCGCUAGCCGGCGAAAUUGCAAAUUCCAAAUGACAUAGCAGUGAAUUGUACAUCAAGAAGGAUGCAACUUUUGCAACCACCACAGUGUCUGUCUCCUUAUAUUGAGAACAUCUUGAUCUGCCUUCAUCCACAAAA